AGAACUUUAAAGGAAACACAAAGCUCCACACAGUGAGCAGAAAGAUUAUGAUAUUUUGCUGGAAGCAGACAAGAGACCAAGAUGCAGAGUACAUUUUUUCUGGCUCUUCAGCACAACUCAUCCCAGAUGGAAAUUGCCUGCUUUAGCUGUUUGGACACAGCCGAAACACCAGUAAAAAAUAAGAAAAGCAGGCACAAAGACUGGAGAGCAUUGUUUAACAAUAUUUUGCAAUGUACUCCCUCACCUCACACAGCUACUGACACCCAUCCCUUAACAAACAAAGCCUACAGACCUACUUCUGAUGAGGUGAACCAAUGGGCCCAGUCCUUUGAUAAACUGCUUGCCCACAAAUAUGGGCUUACUGCAUUCAGAAUCUUCCUUAAAUCUGAGUACUGUGAAGAGAACAUCGAGUUCUGGCUUGCUUGUGAGGAAUUCAAGAAGAUCAUGUCACCUGUGAAACUAGCCUCCAAGGCAAAAAAGAUCCACAAAAAAUUCAUCUGGAACGAGGCCCCGAAAGAGAUUAAUUUAGAUUACCAAACAAAAGAAGACAUUGCACAGAAUCUUCAGCAGCCAACGGCUACCUGCUUCAACGCUGCCCAGAAGAAGGUCUACAACCUGAUGGAGAAUAACUCUUACCCACGAUUCCUGCUGUCUGAAAUCUACCAGGAAAUAUGCACUAUAUCACAAGGGAAGAGCAAAUAUCUGAAAACAUGAACCUCUAACUGGUAUCCAAGGAAGUUCCGAAUGACUGGAAAACAGGGACUCUGAGAGUCUCCACUAUCCAAUAUGUUACAGCUCCUGUUGUAAAGAUCAGAUGGGAGCUAGAGAACACAAUGAACUGGCAAAUGUGAAGAGUUGGUCAGGGUUUAUUUUGAGACUAGCUAUGGGGCCAAGACAAUUUGGUAUUUGAAGUCUGAAGUCCACUUUAAGGGCUAAUUAUGUAUAUAUAUAUAUAUAUAUAUAUAUAUAUAUAUA